UGAUGGCAUGGAGUAUAAAACAUAGGCUACCAACUUCUGGUGGAUUUGUUAUUCCGUUUAAAUGGACUGUGUGGAGAUUGGCUGUGGAGUGACUUACGUCAUCCACCUAGAGAAGCUUUACUGGGGAUUUUCAUACUGACACAUGUAGAGCAAGCAACGAGAGGAGGCAAAGCGAUAGAGUACGGCAGGCUGCCUUUGUCGCAUCACCUUCUGCGAAUAUUCUAUUAACUCACUUCUCUCCGUCUUUUAGGACGUUGCUGUUCGCAUUUAUCUCAUAGGUAGAUCUCCUCGCGUUGGACUCUUUAAAGAAAAACAGAAGGCACGCUAUAACGGGACGGUUCCAGUGGAAAUACUAUCUGAUAACUCCAUUUGCUGUACCUUGUCCAUUGCCAGCAGUCGCAGUAGACUAUUUCUGUCUGAGGUCCGCUACUGCCUGGACUCGGUCGUGAACGUUGUCUCGUAAAAGGCUUGUGCACUACGCAAUAAUAUUUGGACUGAUUUUACUUCUGGUCUUCUGAUCUUCAUUCAAAGAAGCCCAGCUAUACCGUUUUCAGAAAUCUAUUUUACUGUCUGAUUCAACCAUUACUCUUAAAAGGGACAAACGAGGGACGAUGGUGAAUCCUGGAGGAAGCGCCCAGCCACCCCCAGGUCCCGGGUCUCUCUCCUGGAAGCGGUGUGCGGGGUGUGGGGGCAAGAUCGCUGAUCGCUUCCUCCUCUACACCAUGGACAGCUACUGGCACAGCCGCUGCCUCAAGUGCUCCUGUUGUCAGGCUCAGCUGGGGGAGAUUGGCACCUCCUGCUACACCAAGAGCGGCAUGAUCCUCUGUAGAAACGACUACAUCAGGUUAUUUGGAAACAGCGGGGCAUGCAGCGCUUGUGGUCAGUCCAUUCCGGCCAGUGAGCUGGUCAUGAGGGCACAGGGCAACGUCUACCACCUCAAGUGUUUCACGUGUUCCACCUGCCGGAACCGGUUGGUCCCUGGAGACAGGUUCCACUACAUCAACGGCAGCCUGUUCUGCGAACACGACAGGCCCACAGCACUCAUCAACGGCCAUCUGAGUUCACUGCAGUCGAACCCACUUCUGCCUGACCAGAAGGUGUGUUAAGAUGGAGGCGUGCAGGAAGCAGGAAGCGUGCCUUCAUCUGAGCCCUUACUCAUCGUCACCUAAGACUAUGUGGAUCGGUGCCCCAGCCUUUUGCCCCACCCCCCCAGGCCCAACCAGGCCCCCCCCACCCCCCAGACCCUCACCUGAGCUCCCAGGAGUUAGAGUCCAUCGACAAUAUUCUCUAUCUGCUCCACGCAUCUGAUAACCAUCUGACCCUUGACCCCGUCCCUUCCCCCUAAAUGUGGGUGGAUUCCCCAGCGCACACAUGCGCCUGAAACAGGAUACCGAGGAAUAAAUAAAUUUUAAAAAAGGAACAGAAACUGAGGGACUCAAAAGGCGGAAAGAUAGAAAAUCCACACGAAGGAUGUUUUGGAUAAAGAGACAAAGAAAAGACCAAUGAAGCGAAUCUAGAGCAGCGUUUUUCCAAACUGCAUUUGUACAUUUGUUGAAAAAAAAUAAAAAUAAGACAAAAAAAAAAGGGAAUUGUGGGAAACGGAGUACUUUUAUUUUUCUUUAUCGUUUCCUUUUUAUAUCCUUAUUUCCUUACAACAUGGUAUUCCCACUUUCUAUAUUUUAAGUGUCGUAAAAGGGAACGUGUUUCACUCUCAGUGGUAUAUAAUAAGACUGGUAUCUGUGGAUUUUGUUGUGGAAAACAAAUCAUGAACACUCUUGGUGUAUUUGUAAAACUACCAUGUAUGUACAGUAUGCAUGUAAAUGUUUUUGUCCAGGCGUUGCUACAGUACAUCCUGCCUACACACAACCCAGCCGCCCCUCCCCUCGAAACCUGAAACCAUGGCAGACCAGAUAAAGAUGCUCAUAGUCGGUAAUGUAGAGAUUUUCACCAACCUAUAAAUGCUGAAUGAAAGAGAAAUCUAUUUGUGAUAUUUUCAGAGACAUUUGCUCCAGUAUGGUGUAUUUAAUUAAUAAAAAUGAUUAAGAUAUAAAUGCUUCUCUUACUUCUUUGUGUCAAAGGAGAAUAUUUUGGAGUUCAGUAUUAGAAGGGCCUGAAUUACAAUAUUUUAGCAACAUAAAUUCUACAUUCUAAGUUUGAUGAUUUCAUUAAUAGUUACGAGUAUCUAGAAGUGAUUUAUUUAGCAGUACUCCCUUCCCACUAGAGUUCCCAAAAGGACCUCUCUCUCACUAUCCCUCUUAACUGUGCCAAAGGAGAGGGACAGUUCUUACAUUCAUUCUCAUUAGCAGUCCACUCAUUUUUCUUUUUAUGCAAGGACCUCAUUAUGUAACUACACGCUGUAUUAAUAUUCAAAACACAGUAACAUGCUCUCCAUUCAAUUUAAUGCAUGGCAAUUAUCAAUGCAGAUAAUGAGUGUCGAACUGCAAAUGGAUAAACAUGUAUUAUCUUUCUCCUGUUCACGUGAACGUUUUGCUUUUCAUCAGGCUAAUGUCUGACAAAAAUAGAGGAAAAUGCCCCUUUUGAAGAUUCAAUUACCGCAGAGAGUGAAAGAGGGGUCUCUUCUCUUAUUUGCCGGGGCCCAAAUUGAAAGGGCUAUUUGCAGAACAAAUUGAUGUUUGAAGUCAUUGCAAGACCUAAUGGGUCUGAAGAAGAUACCCUGUAAUGGAUUGAUAUGCUUAUCUAGAGGAUGGUGUCUGGGUCUAAGCUUGGCUCGCACAGGUACCUUGGUUCUGUUGGGACGGAUGCUAGCGAGGCGGAAACCAGAGGUGACCUCGGAGCCCCAGGGUGCUAUUCCCCGCAAUACAGCCGUGAGACGCCCCGCCCCUAAAGAGUAUUUACGCUGUUUCAUCAGGGUGUUUACUUUCUUUCAGUUGUCCAAACAAACGCACAUGCACACGCACACAAACGCCCCAACCGCUGCUCCGAAAAAACAACAAUCGCUUUGAAGUCGACAGGAAAACGUAGGUUUACCUGUUGUUAGACAGUGACACAUGGUAGUGUGUCCUCUGAACAGUCAGGAAUUGUGUGUUUUUAGAUCGGACCUUUUUCCAUAACGAGCCUUCAAGAAAGUGAUAUCGCAGAACAUACAGCUGUCCCAAGAGAGUAGAGGGAGGUUGGUGGAGUUUUCAGCCUGAGAUGAAGGCAUUCCUUAUAGGUUCUGUCAGAGUCCAGACACAUACAAUCACCACGUAUCCGAGUUAGGAAAGGGAUGAUCAAGGGAAUUCACAAGGAAAGGUUGUAAACUAGUUCUGGGUUUAGACCUUAGUAAUCUCAGUCAUUCAUCUGUCAUCCAUACAUUCAUUCAUCUAUCCAUACACGUAAACACACAUCAGCUACAAAACGUAUAGUACGGUGUCGACAAGAACAG